AUGGGUCAUACGCCCGUCGUUCGUUCUCUCAUUGGUUGGGGUGAAGACGUCAACUUUCGCGGUACGAAAGGCAGUCCUCUUCAGGCAGCAGCUAUGAAAGGACAGAAGGCUGUUUUCCAUCUGCUGCUGGACGAAGGUGCUCAUGUGAAUCAGAAAAGCCAGUCUUGGGGCAGAGCACUCCAAGCAGCGGCUCGCGGCGAACAUACCGAAAGCGUUCAGCUACUUUUGGCACGAGGUGCAGACAUUCGUCUGGAUGGAAAGUACACUGAUGCUUUGCACGCGGCGAUCGAAGGCGGUCACGAGAGUUUCCCAAGACGUUUAUCUCCCUGCCAUAGCUCGCGGUAA